GUUCUGUGCAUGUACAAAUUAUUUGUUCAUUUUGUUGUUUAAGCUGUUAUGGUUAUUCUUGUUUGUUUAUAAACAAACAAUUUAAAUUAAUCAUUUCCAUUGAUUUUAACCUGAUUUGACUAUUUCUGUUGAGGUUUUAUCAAUCUAGAAACAAAAACAAUGCUAUAGGACAAUUUAAAAGUUUUCAAUAUGAUUGAAAUUAAUCUUUUGAAGCCGGAUACGUUUUUCGUGGAAACAGGAUCAACGCGAAUGCGAAACAGAUUAAACCAAGAGUGUUGACUAGCACAGGUUUUUGUGACCUUAUACGGCAGUCUUAGGAGCAUUGGCUAACAUGUUAAAAGGCAGAUGUAACGAGUGUAUAAAAUGAACGGAGUGGGAAAUGUUUUGUUUUGAAUUACUACGUUAAAAACAAGUUUCGGACAUUCUUUGGAUUUGCUUAAGAAACGUGGAUUUAAAACAAUGACGGACUUUACAAUGAACUAGUGUAGAUACCGCUAGUGAUCACUCGAUCACAGACUCACUCGAUCACAGACUCUGACUAAGCUGGUGAUCACGCGAUCACGGACACUGACCAGGACAGAGUGUAUUAUGAAGAUGGAUAAGGGAGUCAAACCCGAAAAGGGAGAGAAGGUUGAAAAGAGUGAGCAAUCAAACAAUCCGGAGAAAAUCACAGAUAAAAAGGAAAACACUGAGAAAAAUGAAAAAUCCGAAAAAGCUUCUGACAAAAGGGAUAAGAACGACAAAGGUGACAAAAGUGAGAAGAUCGAAAAAGGUCUGGAUAAGAAAGAAAAGAAUGAAAAAAUAGAGAAAGUGGAUAAAUUAGAAAAUGGGGUGGUGAAUGGUGUAAAUGGCGAUGUGGCUUCCGAGGACGGAGAGGGGGUGGAGGCAGAGGACGAAUUACGAGAUGAAGAGAGAGAAAAACUCCUGAGGGUUUUAGUGGGAGAACUGGAGGACCUUCCACCCUUAGGAUCUAAGAUUGUGAGAAUCUUCACUAGCUCAACUUUUACAGACACCACAUUGGAGAGAAAUGCAUUGAUGGAGAAGGUAUAUCCGAAGUUGAAGAACAAUCUCAGAGAAAAAUACGGUCUCGAAUUCCAGGUUGUAGACAUGAGGUGGGGUGUUCGGGACGAGGCUACAGAUGAUCACAUGACGACAACUCUGUGUAUGCAGGAAAUCGACAACUGUCAGAGACUGUCAAUCGGACCAAAUUUUAUUGUGUUUCUGGGUCAGAAAUACGGUUACCGACCUAUACCCACACAUAUAGACGCGGGAGAAUUCAACAUGCUGCGGGAUUGCACCCAGGGUGAACCGGAAGAGCUAGAGUUAAUGGAUUUAUGGUACAGGCGCGACGAUAAUACGGUACCAGCCGUGUACAUUCUCCAGCCAAUCAGCUCGAUUCUUACAAAUUUCAACAACAAGCGUCAAAAGCGACUAAUGGAAUCAGACCAGGCCACAUGGUGGGACACAUUGGGUAGACUACAGCGGAUAUUGAGGAAAGCCGCACAAGUUUUGUUCAUUGCAAAGAAACUAGAUCGAGAACAAAUGCAUAACUAUUUCAUGUCAGUGACUGAAAGGGAGAUCACUCGAGGAAUUCUCAAAGCCAAGAAUGUGAAGGAUCAUUGUUUAGCCUAUGUGAGAGAAAUUGAGAAUAUUAACAUAACCUUGCUGAGAUUUGCUUCUAAAUUCGUUGAUUUUGCUGCACGGAAUGUUGAUGGUGAAGCUCAGAAACUUCUGAAAACUCUACGUGAUGACAAACUUCCCGCAAAAAUGCCAGAUUCAAAUAUUGUAAGGUUCAAGGUCGAAUGGGGAGGAAAGGAGGGCAUAGACAUAGAAACUCAUAAGGAGUAUAUCGAGACCUUUUGUCAGCAUUUCUACUCCAAUGUUCUCCGGCUCGUGGACGAUGCAAUGGCAAAAAAUGAGAAACUGUCUACAAACUCAGUGUACGUUGAGGUUCUACAGCAUCUGAAAGCCUGUUACAACUCGUGCAAGGUGUUCCAGGGUAGGGAGGAUAUAGUUCGGAUGAUACAACAGUAUGUGUUGGGAAAGUCAGACAAACCUCUCAUUCUGUUCGGAGACAGCGGCUGUGGUAAAACCUCACUCAUGGCAAAAGGAGCCAGCCAGGCACGGUCAUGGUUCAGUGAGAAGUCAACCCCGUACCUUGUACUCCGAUUUCUCGGCACCACACCAAACAGCUCAAGUAUAAUUCCUCUGAUAACGAGCCUGUGUCAACAUCUUACGUGGCUGUAUGAAAUACCUGAAGAAUACAUUCCAGAUGAACUGUCACCUUUAGUUCAACAUUUUAAGAAACUGCUAACUUAUGCAACUAAAUCCAAGCCGCUUGUGUUGAUAUUGGAUUCCCUUGACCAGCUGUCAGGCGCGGACGGGGCUCAUCAGUUGGCAUGGUUGCCGACAACGUUACCGCCUAACGUACGUCUGAUAGUUUCUACGUUACCAAACUAUUACGGCAUCUUAGACACUUUACGCAAUAUGAUUGAGAUACCGGAGAACUAUAUCGCGGUACUUCCUCUAGGUGAAAAUCUCAGCGCAUCAAUUUUGAAGUUUUGGCUGAAAAAUGCCAACAGGACGUUAACAGAAGACCAAAUGGGACUUGUAAAUGAAGCGUUCACUAAGUGCAAUUUACCGUUGUAUGUUAAGCUCGUGUUCGAUGAGGUUUGUCGUUGGAAGUCGUACACAGCUCUACAAAACAUUUCACUAGCUUUCACAAUCCAUGACAGCAUUUAUAAACUGUUUGAACGUAUUGAGAUUCAGCACGGGAAAACGCUCGUGUCACAUGCCUUCGGGUACAUAACGGCCGCGAAGAGCGGGUUGUCCGAAGCAGAGCUAGAAGACCUACUUUCAUUAGAUGAGAAAGUGUUGAACGACGUAUACCAGUACCACCUACCUCCAGUAAGGAGAAUACCGCCAUUACUGUGGACGAGAAUACGUAGCGAUCUGCCGUCAUACCUGAGCGAACGUGAAGCAGACGGCGUCAACGUUGUAAACUGGUACCAUCGCCAGUUUAUUGAAGCUGCCAAGGAGAGAUACUUCAAAAAUCUGAAUUACGUCAGUGAGAUUCACUCAAAUAUCGCAGAAUAUUUCCUUGGUAUCUGGGGUGGCGGGAAACCAAAGCCAUUCGAAUACACGGAAGGUCAGAGGAAGAUGUUCCAUCUGGAACAGAAAGGUGGUGAAAGUGAUCGGAAGGUGCCCAGCCAACCUCUUGUUUUCGUGGACGAGAAUGGUAAACAGAUGAGACACAAUCUACGGAAGCUGAAUGAGCUUCCAUACCACCUGGUGCGAUCUCAUAGAUAUGAAGAAUUGUACAGUCAGGUGAUUUUCAACUACAACUGGCUGCACGCCAAACUGAAUUCCAUGCCCCUUCAGUCUGUACUCUCCGACUUUGAAGAUCUCCUUGACCAUGUGUACCAGAAAGAUGUCAAACUCAUUGCGGAUGUUAUUAGGUUAUCUAGCUCCAUUCUGAGUCAUUAUCCUGAUAAUCUCGGACCACAGAUAAUCGGAAGACUUCUGCCUUAUUUCACGAUCAACGAGAACAUCAGAGGUCUGAUUCAGCAAUGUGACACAGAUGGACUGACCCGUUGUGCCUUGGUACCUGUGCACCAUUGUCUGCAUACUCCUGGAGGUCCACUGCAGUUCUCAUUGGAAGGACACCUGUUUGCUCCGUUUGGAAUUGCUGUCACAUCAAACGCAAAGUACCUUAUCUCCGUGUCAAACAAGUUUAUAAUCUUUGACCUUUCAACAGGAGAGGUAUUCCGAACAAUAGCGCCAGGAAUCGAAGGGAUUAUGCAGAGUCUUGUCGUCUCCGAGAACGACAAGUUUGCAGCAGGGUUUACGAACAAUAACCAAGUUGUCGUGUGCAAUAUUCUGACCGGUGAACAUGUAAAAAUCAUGCCGCCGUUAAAAGUGCAAAAGGAAUCUACAGUGAUAGGCACUACAAUGAAUAAUACUCACUUAGUUAUUUGGACUGAGCUUGAAUGGUAUUUGUACACCAUAAGUGGAACAUUCCUAUCGAGACAUACUAUAGAAAUGAGCAUGCCAAUAAUAUCCUCCGAUUUUGGUCCCGAUGGUAGGCUUUACAUUGUCGUAAAAAGUGGUGGACCCAGUGACAAUGACAUGACACUGGAAAUGAGUGAUAAUUCUAUAGAACCAUUCGAGUUCCAUAGUGCCAUAGCAAUAGCAAAAGACAAACAGAUAAUGUACACGUGUAUUGAAAUAAGUGACAAUGCUGUGGCAGUGUAUAAGCGCGAUGGCGAUGCUUGGAGAUAUGAUAGAACUUUAGGUGAUAACUUUGACAUGGUGUUUGCAUUAAACCUGUCGGAAGAUGAAAAUUUCCUCGUGGCAACAAUAGCACUUGGAUACAAACUCUGGAAUCUAAAAACAGACGUGAUGGUUCCUUUGAAGUUGCCACACGGGACGCGGAAUAUACCGACAAAGAACACACUGAAUGGAUUAGUUACCCUGACUAGGAACAACCACUUCGUUGUAGCAGCUGUGAGGAAAAACUUGUACGUGUGGGAUGUGAAACAAGGCAAUAUGGUGAAAGUACUCGAUGCUCACUUUGGUAGGAUUAUCGCCCUUACAGCGGUAACCCAUGGUUGCAAUAAAAUUAUAUCCUCUUCCAUUGACAAAACAAUUAAAGUCUGGAAUUUCGAUAACAUUCUUGAAGACGUUCAUUCCAUAGACAGACUUGAAAAACCAAUAGAGACAAUAGACCUUGCGUCUGAAGUGCCUUUUUGUGUCACUACAAGUAGAAAUUGUGUGGGUGUAUGGAAUCUUGAAAAUGGAAAAUUGCUGAAGACCUUCGGUACUACCGCUUCAACCUCAGUCAUCACUGAGGCUGUCAUCACGGGCGAUGGGAACUAUGUUUGCGCUGCGGAAACGGCAAACAUUGUGAUAUGGGACGUGUCGAAAGAUGCUGCUGUGAAAACACUUCCACAAAGAGAUACACAAAAGCUGAUCAGAAACGAAUUUGACACUCGAAUCAUAGCAAUAGCAAAACUCGGUAGUUCUAAAGGAUGUGUCGCAUGCUACUCGUUGCCAGAGGGAGAGCAAAUCUAUAAAUUCGAGUAUGGGCUAAGAUUGUACAAAAAUGGAGUCGUGACAUGUGAUGGGUCAUUUCUGGCCCUUCCGGCGGUCGACAAGAGUGGUGACGUGAUUGGGGUGUACCAUGCUAAAACAGGAACGCAUUUCUACAACCUGCAACUGAAAUAUGCUACCUACAAACCCUUGAUUAAACUAAUUCCGAUGCCGCAUGAUCCGAAUCAGGUCGCGCUGAUUGACGAGGACAAAGGAAACAUUCUCGAUUUGAAGAAGAAAACCUUGGUUCGAUCUGUUUCUCGUUGGAACGGGCAGGUCACCAAAACUGGCAAAAAUGGACUUUAUGCACCAAGCAGAGGCGGACUAGAGUACCUGGAAUUAAAGCAUGGCAAAACUGUGAAAACUUUGAUCCCAAAGGUCGCAGAAGGUGUAUUUAGCGUCGAUGUUAUGUUCAGUAAAAAUGACCAUCACGUAAUAUACUAUCAUUCCGGUCACCGGACACUGCGAGUGUUCAGACUGACCGACGGUAAGAUGGUCGCAAAAUACAAGGCACAAGCAGAAGUCAAGGUCAUGACCUGCAGUCCAGGCGGAAUGUCUGUGAUCAUAGGCUGUGUAGACGGAAGUCUCACCGUUCUUGCGCUCGCAGACCCAUUUUAUGAGGAGAAUGUAUCUUUCUUACAGGCUAUACCUAGUAGACAAAAGCACCAGAUAGGAAAUGGCCAAGCAAGCGGAGACGAAAAUGGUGACGUCACAUCGCCUAAAAAUAGUAUCGGAACAGCGCUCCAGGUGGCGCGAUUUGUGGCAAAGGCUAGAGGUGCACAGAGAUCGCGUGCAUGCGUUCUAUCGUAACCUGUGUUACAUCCCAAUGUUGUACAUGUAUAUACCUUUUGUAUAUUGUAGAAGUUCCUCUGAGUUGUGAAUCCAAUCACAUGCCACGCCUGGUUGUUACUAUAUUUAGCUUCAAAAAGCUCUAAAUUGUAUCAAAUUAUAUACAGUUUGUUAAAGAACUUAACCGUCGUGAAAUAAUUGUCUGCAUCGCACGUGAAGCAUGUGCCCAGGAACACAUGGAAAUGUACACAUUUUAACGGAUCGCUUAAUCAUUUCAAAUAUAACAAAUAUUUAAACAUAAGGUUAGAUUUGUAACUAAGAAAGAUUACCUGUUUUAGAUGAUAAACUUUCAAUUUGCACACUACGUAAAUUGAUACGUUGUUUUGUCGGAUUUUUGACCUUGUCUUUCAUAUUCGUGCUUCUGAAUCAAAUUAUCUAACGCAAUUUUUUUUCUUCUGUCUUGAACGUUGAACGUUCAAUGUGUCACCUUGCAUGACUGUUGUACAGUUAUCCAAUCUAUAUUGUAAAUAUGUAUAUUUUUAACCAAGAUGUUAUUGUAUCUGUAUUUAUAAAAUCAACGCAUGUUUUGUAAAUAAAAUCUUAGAAGAGGACGAGUAUUAAGUUCCAAAUUAUUGUUGCAUUUUGUGUUUUAAUUGAUAACGGCAUGGCAUAUCAUAAUACUUCUGCACAAAUGUAAGCAUUGUGUAUCAAAAUGACGGACAGUUACAAUGUAAAUUUGUCUUGAGAAAUCGAUAAAGUAUGUUUCAAACAAUAGCAUUUUAGGUUACUCAGUUCGUUUUACUGGUGUCCAGUGUAAUCUUUUCAUAUAUUUUGAGCAAGAUAUUUAGGGGCAAGUAAAAUGCCACUUGGUUCUAGACAUUUUUUUUUUCAUAAUGUAGAAAGGACUGACAUUCGUUAUUGAUGAGAAAUGGAUACUCUAGGCAUAAUAUCGCGGUCUGUAAAAUAUGCAGACACAUUUUACCGUGUCAUUCACGCAGUAAAAUGUGUUACAAAAUAGAAGAAAUUGAAACAUGAUUUAUAUCAGACUAAUAUUUAAACUUGACUUAUAUUGAUUCGCUAUUUUUGAUAUCUUACAGACUCAUAACAGUUAAUUAAUAGGGUCUGAACACUUGGUUUUGCUGUAUCUCUGUGAUUCACGCAGGUAUUAAAGUACAUGUAUUGAUCAAGACCUCAUAUUUUCAUUUUGGUGUAAACGAGAUGUAAAAGCAAAAUUGUUAGUCCUGUUUGGCGCAGUGUUAUUAAGUGUACAGUUCUGGUACGCCAUAAAACCCAAAUCGAAUCAAAACUUGUAGACAUUGCUUCUAUAAUAAAUUUCUGAUGCCGUUAUACAUGAAGAGGUGCCUUUUAAAACCCCAGUGAUAAAACGAAGAGAAAACGCAUGUACGUCAAAUUAUGAUUUCAUUAUCAAGAUUCAAAAGCAGUGUAUUGAAAUAGAAGUAGUAAGAAAACAGUAAAUGUUGUUUUAUGCUUUAUUAUACACAGUUUUGCUUGUGUUUUUUUUUCGCUUCAAAUACGGGUUGCAUGCGUCCUUAUAUAGUUGUUGUUGUACUAUCCACAUGUCGGGAAUGCGUCUCUUUGUUGUAUUUACAAGAAUUUCACCAAGAUGUCCUAUAAAUUUAUAAAUGUCAGUUGUAUUAUUAAUUGUACUUUCAAUUAAAAGAUAUCGUAUGAAUAAAUCGCGCAUGCCAAGAGGUUUAUACAAAAUAACUUUAAGAACUAUUUGCAUAUAAGACGUAGAGCAUGACGCUUAUAACAGACGCUAUAAUCAAAAGUUUUACUGUGUGUACAGAGUUGAGUUUUCACGCAAUUUGACCAACUUUUUAGUUCAUAACGUUUCUGAAUGUACCGCUCUACUAUUCUGCACCAUACGCCCUAAUGUACGUCAUAUAUAUAUAUGAGCCGUGCCAUGAGAAAAGCAACAUAGUGCA